AUGCGGUUCUCAACUCUAAGUAUAGCGACAAUAUCUGUAGCUCUCACAUACGCUCAAACACCAGCUGAGAGCUGGCCUAUCACAUCUCGUAAUGUGGGGUGUGCUUUUGGAAAUAUAACGGUUGUGCCUGGAAAAUGGAUAAGUCCUUCUGACGUAACCACCCAAUCCACCAUCUACCGCACCACUACCCUCCCCAACAUCGACACCACCACCAACCCCCAAAAACCCUACAUGCUCCUCAUGCUCGACCUCUCAAUCCCCUCCUCCGACGUGACCACGCCUUCACAAUACUCUACCCUCGUCCCCGGCCUCGCCCCCAACACCACCACGCGCCUACACUGGUGGCAAGGAAACUACAGCAUCGAAUCUUCCUCUCCCUCUGCAUCUCCCUCUCCCCACCACACACUCCUCCUCAACACCUCCGACAGCGUCGCCGCCUACACGGCACCCCGCCCGCGCGACGCCACAAAUCAUACCUACGCAUUCUACCUGUUCACACAGCCGGAGAAUUAUUUUCCAGGCGAGGAAGCGGCAAAUGGGACGUAUUAUGAUGAGACGACGAGCGCGAGAUUUAAUUUUUCGUUAACGGGGCUGGUGGAGAAAGUGGGGGAGCCGGUGGCCGCGAAUUGGUUUGUGAGUAGUGCGUGA